AUAUGGCAGCAGAAGCAAGAAAGGCUCUGGAGGCUUUAAUGGGCGCCGAGGCGCUAGGUGGUGUUCCAGAUCAUAUGAAAUACGAUGACGAUAAAGUUUGUCGAAAUUACCUUUGUGGACUUUGUCCACAUGACCUUUUCACUAAUACGAAAAUGGAUCUUGGAGCAUGUCCAAAAAUGCAUUCAGAAAGGUUAAAAUCCGAAUAUGAAGAAGCGAAAAAGAGAAAGGAAUGUGAUUAUGAAGCUGAAUUUGAACGGAAUCUUGCCAAUUUUGUUGCAGAUUGCGAUCGUAAAAUUGCAAGUGCACAAAAACGUUUAGACAAAACUCCAGAAGAUAGCGCUAAGGUCACACAAUUAACAAAAGAGAUCGAAAGUUUAGCAACCGAAAUAUCGGAAUUAACUAAAGAAGUAGAAGUUCUUGGUGAAGAGGGUAAAGUUACAGAAUCAAUUAAAUUAUUACAAGAUGUAGAUGCCAAAAAAGUUAUAAAAACAGAGAAAGAGAAAGAGCUUAAAAGUUCAGCAGAAGGUAGUGGUCCAUCACAACAACAAAAGUUGCGCGUUUGUGAAGUGUGUAGUGCUUAUUUGUCUAUAUUUGAUUCGGAUAGACGAUUAGCUGACCAUUUUGGCGGAAAGAUGCAUCUUGGAUAUUUAAAAAUACGAGAUUUGUUAAAAGAACUUAAGGAAAAGAAUAAGGAUCGUGGUAAUGACAUAAGAGAGGGAAGAAGCUACCAUGAUCGUGACCGUGACCGAGAGCGAGACCGUGACCGAGACCGUGAUAGGGGUUAUGAUCGCGACCGACAUAGAGACUACCGUGGUGGACGCUAUGACUAUGAUCGACGUUCUUCAUACGAUAGACGUUCACGAUCAAGAUCGCCGGAUAGACGAGGAAGUUAUAGCAGGAGACGUUCACGUUCUCCAACAAGGAGGAGACAUUGAAAUAAUCAAAUAAGCAUUAUAUAUAUAGUGCUAUCAAAGGAAUUAAUUAAUUUUUGUAAUGUGAGUAUAUUUACACGAUUCUUGGCGUAUUUGAAAUUAUAAAGGUUUACAUUUUUUAGGGCACGAAGUUUGCGGAUAAUUGAAAUAUUUUACUAUUGGAAGGUAUGAUGAGCUUAGCUAAAUGUGUUUUUUAAUAAUUGCUCAUAACGAUCAUGUUUUACUUUGAGAAAAUUACAUUUUUUAUGGAUUGUGAGAGUAAUUCUUUGUAUUUCAUAUACGUUGCUAUUUGUAAAAGGUAUCUUUUUAUUAUUUAUAAUUGUUUUAUGAUAAGUUUACGACAACAUUUCACAUGACAUACAUAAUGUAUUCGGCUAAGAACAUUAAUAAAAAUAGAAACUAUUUUCUUCAGCUUUGAGUAUGAUACUUUAUAGAAAAAAUGUUAAUAAAGA